AUACUGAUCGUAACAAACGAACCAAAACGACGAGAUAAACAAAUUAAUUAUAAAGAUUUUUUUUCUCUUUAUCAUUUAGAUAUAUUGACGACAUUGAACAAAUAAGAUGAAGAUAGAGAGUGAGUGAGUGUGUGAGAGAGAGAACGAUAAAUUAAAAUAAUAAUAACAUGGAAAAUGUCAAUCAUGGUAUUUUGGAAAGGAGAAAGAUCCAAAUGGCCCAAAUGAUCCAAAAAAUUGAUGAUUUAAAAUUAAUUGUUUUCGAUUUAGAUUAUACAUUAUGGCCAUUCUGGGUGGACACUCAUGUUACACCUCCAUUUCAUCGAAAUGGAAAAUAUGUUUAUGAUGUUCAUGGAGCAUUGGUAAAAUAUUAUCCCGAAGUACCAGCCAUACUAGAACGAUUAAAAUCAUUAGGCUACAUGAUUGGUAUUGCAUCACGAACCAGUGCUAUACAAGAAGCGAAUGAUUUAUUACAAUUAUUAAAAUGGAAUCAUUGGAUUGAUUAUAAACAAAUCUAUCCUGGUUGUAAAAUUCAACAUUUAACACAAUUAUCAAAACAAUCUGGCUGCCAAUUUGAUCAGAUAAUAUUUUUCGAUGAUGAACAACGGAAUAUAAUCGAUUUAAAACGUAUAAAUGUUUGCAGUAUUCUAGUGAAUAAUGGAAUGACAUUCAAAUUAUUAACCGAAGGUAUCGAUAAAUUUAUCAACGAUAAAGCAAAUUGAAAAUUGAAUUAUUGAAGGAAAAUUUUUUUUUUUCAAUUUAGUCAUCAUUCAUUAUUAUUAUUAUAAAAUUCGUUAUUCAAGUCAGACCUAUUUGUAUUUUUUUUUUUGUAUUCGUGUGUGUUGUGAUUUGAAAAUGAUAGAUUCUGUUAUAAUUCUUCCAUCCCAAAUUUUUUUUUUCAUCUUUCCAAAAUUUUUAAAUAAACUUAUAAAUAAUAAACAAUUUGAUUGAUUGAUUU